AGCGAUCGCUGGGCUCAGGCCCGGCAGCAGGAAGUGACUCGCAGCCGCUGCGGGGACUCUGGCUCCAGGCUCCUGGCGAGAUCCCCGAGCCCCGGCGGCUGGUGCUGGGAGCCCGGAGCCCGGGCUGCAGCCGGGAGAGGGGAAUCUCCAGCAGGGCCCUUCCCGCUGCUCCCCAGGAGCCUCUCCCAGGGCAGAGCCCCCAGCCCGGCCAGGCCCCUUCCCGGCCCGGCCCCUGCCCCAGGGGGCCCCGCUCGGAGGGAAGGCUGAGGAAUCACGUCCACGUUUUGCUCCAGAUGGGCCCAUCUUCCAGGAGACAGGGAAGGGAAAUGUCUGUGAUGGAGCCAGCUCAGAUGCCGGUGACGUUCGAGGAGGUGGCUGUGUAUUUCACCCAGGGGCAGGGGGCUCUGCUGGACCCCGCUCAGAGAGCCCUCUACAGGGAUGUCAUGCAGGAGAACUACGAGAUGGUGACCUCACUGGGAUUCCCCCUUCCCAAACCUGAGCUGAUCGCCCGGCUGGAACGAGGGGAAGAGCCCUGGGUUUCUGAUCUCCAAGUCUGCAAGGAAAGAAGGCUUCUGAGAAGCACCCGUACAGGUGCUGAGCGAGGGAGUGAGAAUGAGGCGGGGAAUCAUCAUGAGGAAGUUCCUGGGGAAGUGGAACCGCAGGGGACCUUUGUGGGAAGAGCUGAAGGGAAUUUUUCCCAGUACUUGGACCAGGCAGAAGCCUGGGGAAGUUGGCACAGGUCAAAGAGGCUUCUGGGACACCUCCCAGGGAAGAAAGUGGAUGAAUCUGUUAACGGUGGGGGAGGAGAGGAGGAUCCCACAGCGCCGCAGACAAAUGCCAAGAAAGAGCCACCCUGGCACUACCUUCAGUCUCUCGAGUGCGGGAAAUGUUUCAUAUCAAAGACACAAAUAAUUAGACAUCAGUUAAGCCACACAGGGGAGAGACCCCACAACUGCUUGGACUGUGGGAAAAGUUUCACAGAGAGGGCAAACCUUGUUAAACAUCAGGCAUUACAAACAGGAGCGAGACCCCACAAGUGCUUGGACUGUGGGAAAAGUUUCAUAAGAAGGUCACACCUUGUUUAUCAUCAGGCAAUCCACACAGGAGAGAGACCCCACAAGUGCUUGGAUUGUGGGAAAAGUUUCAUAGAGCGGUCAAACCUUGUUUAUCAUCAGGCAAUCCACACAGGAGUAAGACCCCACAAGUGCUUGGACUGUGGGAAAAGUUUCAUACAGAGGUCAGACCUUGUUAAACAUCAGGCAUUACACACAGGAGAGAGACCCCACAAGUGCUUGGACUGUGGGAAAAGUUUCAUACAGAGGUCACACCUAAUUCGCCAUCAGGCAUUACACACAGGAGCGAGACCCCACAAGUGCUUGGACUGUGGGAAAAGUUUCAUAAGAAGGUCACACCUUGUUUAUCAUCAGGCAAUCCACACAGGAGAGAGACCCCACAAGUGCUUGGACUGUGGGAAAAGUUUCAUAGAGCGGUCAGACCUUGUUAGACAUCAGGCAAUCCACACAGGAGAAAAACCCCACAAGUGCUUGGACUGUGGGAAAAGUUUCAUACAGAGGUCAGACCUUGUUAAACAUCAGUCAUUACACACAGGAGAGAGACCCCACAAGUGCUUGGACUGUGGGAAAAGUUUCAUACAGAGGUCACACCUAGUUCGCCAUCAGGCAUUACACACAGGAGAGAGACCCCACAAGUGCUUGGACUGUGGGAAAAGUUUCAUAGAGCGGUCAGAACUUGUUAAGCAUCAGACAAUCCACACAGAAGAGAGACCCCACAAGUGCUUGGACUGUGGGAAAAGUUUCACACAGAGGUCACACCUAGUUCGCCAUCAGGCAUUACACACAGGAGAGAGACCCCACAAGUGCUUGGACUGUGGGAAAUGUUUCAUACAGAGGUCAGACCUUGUUAAACAUCAGGCAAUCCACACAGGAGAAAAACCCCACAAGUGCUUGGACUGUGGGAAAAGUUAUUUACAAAGAUCAAGCCUUGUUCAACAUCAGGCAAUCCACACAGAAGAGAGACCCCACAAGUGCUUGGACUGUGGGAAAAGUUUCAUAAGAAGGUCACACCUUGUUAAACAUCAGGCAUUACACACAGCAGAGAGACCCCACAAGUGCUUGGACUGUGGGAAAAGUUUCAUAAGAAGGUCAGACCUUGUUAAACAUCAGGCAUUACACACAGGAGGGAGACCCCACAAGUGCUUGGACUGUGGGAAAAGUUUCAUAAGAAGGUCACACCUUGUUCAACAUCAGGCAAUCCAUACAGGAAAGAGACCCCACAAGUGCUUGGACUGCGGAAAGUGUUUCAUAUGGAGGUCUGACCUUAUUAAACAUGGAAGAAUCCACACAGGAUCUAAAUUUCUGUGACACGUGGCAAGAAAGGUUUAAGCAACUUGCAUAUAAUUGACUCAUGGUCAACGUUUAGAGAGAGAUUUUAAAAGUGUGUCCACCUUAGAUAGCUAGAGAUUGAAAUGUAAAUGUGUAUUUUCAAAGACUUGGAAGAAGAGGGCAAGUCAUGUCUGAGUAACCUAAUUGCCUUCUAUGACGAGAUAACUGGCUCUGUGGAUGAGGGAAAAGCAGUGGAUGUGUUAUUCCUUGAUUUUAGCAAAGCUUUUAUAUGAUCUCCUACAGAAUUCUUGCCAGCAAGUUAAAGAAGUGUGGGCUGGAUGAAUGGACCAUAAAGUGGAUAGAAAGCUGGGUAGAUCGACGGGCUCAACUGGUAGUGACCAAUGGCUCCAUGUCUAGUUGGCAGCCGGUAUCAAGAGGAGUGCCCCAAGGGUCGAUCCUGGGGCCGGUUUUGUUCAGUAUCUUCAUUAAUGAUCUGGAGGAUGAUGUGGACUGCACCCUCAGCAAGUUUGCCGAUGACACUAAACUGGGAGAACUGGUAGAUACGCUGGAGGGUAGGGAUAGGAUACAGAGGGACGUAGACAAAUUAGAGGAUUGGGCCAAAAUAAAUCUGAUGAGGUUCAACAAGAACAAGUGCAGAGUCCUGCACUUAGGAUGAAAGAAUCCCAUUCACUGCUACAGACUAGGGACCGACUGGCUAGGCAGUAGUUCUGCAGAAAAGGACCUAGGAGUUACAGUGGAUGAGAAGCUGGAUAUAAGUCAACAGUGUGCCCUUGUUGCCAAGAAGGCGAACGGCAUUUUGGGCUGUAUAAGUAGGAACAUUGCCAGCAGAUCGAGGGACGUGAUCGUUCCCCUCUAUUCAACAUUGGUGAGGCCUCAUCUGGAGUAUUGUGUUCAGGUUUGGGCCCCACACUAAAAGAAGGAUGUGGAAAAAUUGGAAAGAGUCCAGCGGAGGGCAACAAAAAUGAUUAGGGGGCUGGAGCACAUGACUUAUGAGGAAAGGCUGAGAGAACGGGGAUUGUUUAGUCUACAGAAGAGAAGAAUGAUGGGAUAUCUGGUAGCUACUUUCAACUACCUGAAAGGGGGUUCCAAAGAGGAUGGAUCUAGACUGUUCUCAGUGGUACCAGAUGACAGAACAAGGAGCAAUGGUCUCCAGUUGCAGUGGGUAUCGUUUAGGUUGGAUAUCAGGAAACACUUUUUCACUAGGAGGGUGGUGAAGCACUGGAAUCGGUUACCUGGAGAGGUGGUGGAAUCUCCUUUCUUAGAGGUUUUUAAGGUCAGGCUUGACAAAGCCCUGUCUUGGAUGGUUUAGUUGGGGAGUGGUCCUGCUUUAAGCAGGGGGUUGGAGUAGAUGACCUCCUGAGGUCCCUUCCAACCCUGAUAUUCUAUGAUUCUAAGAGGGGUAAUUGUAGUAGUCUAUGUUUAGCUAUCCAAAGUGUUCCUGUAUUCUGUUAAAUCAGGGAUCAAUAAUUCAGUGAUUAUGCCCAUGUCCCAUGCCACUUGCCCAAUUCCAGCUCAGUCUCUUUGAAUUCACUGGGGGUAGGGGCUGAAGGACGGAGGGAAAGUUUAUAGCUGAAAUUUUGCAAGGUUAGUGUUAAUCGGAUCUGUUCCGCUUUCCUGCUCGGACAUUUUCUCUGGGGAUCCCAGAGACGGAAAGGAGCAGGUGUUACUAUCUUGAGUCCGCAUCCCCAUGGUGACUCUCUACGCUAUCAAUUAUGAAAAUGUGGGCAGAGCAUCCCAAUGGAGGCACAGGAAUGUGUCAGGGGAGGCGCGAUCAGUGUGGGUUGUUGGGUUUUUUUUUUAAAGAGCACUGGCUUUCAGCCCCAGUUGGCUGGGGCUCAUGAGGAAGGAACAGGCCUAUCUGGGAGGUGGGGAUAAAUGCUCAGGCUCUCAAACCCAGGUGGAGCAGCAGCACAGAAGUCGGGGUGGCAAUGGGGUGAUAAGUCUGCUGUGAACAGCGAUAUUGAGGAAUAUCACUCUUCACGUGGCCACCCUAACUUCUGUGCUGCUGUUGGAGGCCUUCAGAGCUGUGCACAUCGCCAACGACUACUCUGCCUUUAGAGCUGGGUGGUGAUACAUGUGCUUUUGAGGGUGGGGGCGUAAAUGACCACAGACACCAAGGUGGGGGUGGCAAUGAAACACAUCUGAGAACCACUGGUCUACACGCUUAUGGGCACCACGUUUAUAAAAUGAUGAAUCUUCCCCAAAGUAUGGCUUGUGAGGUAUCAUGGGAAAAGUCAUCAUCUGCUGAAUAUUAUUGUCCCAUUAAAAUGUGUCUAUCAGCACUGUC